UGGCUCUGAAUUAUGGAAUUUAUAAACAAGACCUUCCUGCUCCUGAAGAGAAGCCACGGAUAGUUGUGUUUGUUGAUAUGGGACAUUCUGCAUUUCAAGUAUCGGCUUGUGCAUUCAACAAGAGUAAACUAAAGGUACUUGGCACAGCAUUUGACCCUUUCCUAGGUGGAAGGAACUUUGAUGGAAAGUUAGUGGAUUACUUCUGUGCAGAAAUAAAAGCAAAGUACAAACUGGAUCCAAAAACAAAAGUUCGAGCUCUUCUUCGUCUGUAUCAGGAAUGUGAGAAGCUGAAGAAACUAAUGAGUUCAAAUAGCACAGACAUUCCCCUAAAUAUUGAGUGUUUCAUGAAUGAUACUGAUGUAUCGGGGAAAAUGAACAGGUCACAGUUUGAAGAAUUGUGUGCUGACCUGCUCCAAAGGAUAGAGAUGCCUCUGCUUUCAUUAAUGGAACAAACACAACUGAAAGUGGAAGAUGUGACUGCUGUAGAGAUUGUGUUUCCUGCUGUCAAAGAGAGGAUUGCUAAAUUCUUUGGCAGAGAUGUCAGUACUACACUGAAUGCAGAUGAAGCCAUAGCUAGGGGCUGCGCUCUGCAGUGUGCAAUUCUUUCUCCAGCUUUUAAAGUGAGAGAAUUCUCUGUGACAGAUGCUACACCAUUCCCAAUAUCUCUGUUGUGGAACACAGAAGCAGAGGACACUGAAGGAGUUCAUGAGGUCUUCAGCAGAAAUCAUGCAGCACCUUUCUCCAAGGUUCUUACAUUCUAUAGGAAAGGUCCAUUUGAGUUGGAAGCUUUUUACUCUGAUCCUAAUGGAGUCCCAUAUCCCGAGUCAAGAAUUGGUAGGUAUGUUAUCCAGAAUGUGGCAGCCCAGAAAGAUGGAGAGAAGUCUAAAGUCAAAGUGAAAGUCCGUAUCAAUACUCAUGGCAUAUUCAGUGUGUCCACUGCGUCCAUGGUAGAACCAGUUAAAAGUGAAGAUAGUGAAGAUGUUGGUGUUGAGACUGAAGUGGAAUGUCAGGACCAGAGGCCUGUUGAAAACUCCAGUGAUAAAAAUAUCCAGCAAGAGAACAGUGAGGCUGGAACACAGUCCCAGGUACAAACUGAUGGUCAGCAAACGUCACAGUCUCCCCCUUCAUCAGAACCUCCCUCUGAAGAAAACAAAAUCCCAGAUGUCAAGAAAACAAAUGAGAAGAAAGGUGAUCAGCCCCCAGAAGCUAAAAAACCCAAGAUAAAAGUGAAGAAUGUGGAACUACCUAUUGAAGCUAACUUGGUUUGGCAGUUAGGAAAAGAUCUCCUCAAUAUGUAUAUUGAAACAGAGGGGAAGAUGAUUAUGCAAGAUAAACUGGAGAAAGAAAGAAAUGACGCAAAGAAUGCAGUGGAGGAAUAUGUGUAUGAGUUCCGGGACAAAUUGUCUGGACCAUAUGAAAAGUUCGUUUGUGAAAAGGAUCUGCAGGGAUUCUCUGCACUCUUAACAGAGACAGAAGGCUGGCUGUAUGAAGAGGGUGAGGAUGAAGCUAAGCAGGUGUACGUAGACAAAUUACAGGAUUUAAAGAAAUUAGGUACUCCAAUUGAAAUGCGCUAUCAAGAAGCAGAAGAACGACCAAAGCUGUUAGAAGAACUGGGACAUAGGCUCCGCUAUUAUGCUACAAUAGCUGGGGAAUUCAGGAAUAAAGAUGAGAAAUACAUCCAUAUUGAUGAAAUGGAAAUGAUGAAAGUAGAGAAGUGUGUUAGUGAAGUGGUAGAGUGGAUGAAUAAUGCUGUGAGUGCACAGGCUAAGAAGAGCUUAGAUCAGGAUCCAGCAGUGCAUUCAAGUGAAAUUAAGGCAAAGCUACAGGAGUUAAAUAAUGUCUGUGACCCUGUUGUGACACAACCAAAACCAAAAGUCGACUCUCCUAAGGAAGAAAACCCAUUAAAUGAACGGAAUGAUUAUAAAACUGAAGACAUGGGAGAAGAUGACAAAAAUUCUGAAAUGCCUCAACAAAAUGGCGAAUGUCAUCCAAGUGAUGAAAACACCAUCAGCAUGGACUUGGACUAAACCACUGCACCUGCAGCAAGUUUUCAUCCCAUGACAGAAGAUAUUUUUGCUGUUGUAUGUGAUGGGGGGGGUGGGAAUGCAUUGUUUUGGGAGCUAUUUAUAUUUUUUUCUUAGGACUUGUCUGGGAUAUGUCAUGUUAUGGGAGGAAAAAUAGUAGUAGUGUCAGUCAUGACUAUCCUAAAAGGAAAAUUGCCUUGGUAACUUUCAGAUUCCUGUGGAAUUGAGUUCAUACUAAGCUUCUGUGCAGUAUUUAACCACUUGCAUCACUAAAGAUGAAAAGAUGCCCUUGCUCUGAAAUAUACUGCUCCUUCAAAAGGUGGUAAUCAAAACCUUCGUAGGCAUUUGUAGAUGCCAAGGUAGUUUUCUUUCGUCUGGACAUCUAAUUGGGUAUGUCAAUAAAAAGCCAGUGUCUGUCCCAUUCAUAAGGAUUUUCCAGAAGAAAUCCUUCUGUUCCAAGGUUUUGGAUUAUUGCAGUCCAAAGCACUUACCAGAUAAGAUGGUGAAAUGUGUUAGCAGCAUGCAGAAACGCUUACAUUUCAUCUUUUGCUAAACAAUGUUUUUCAUGUGGGGUACAUAAAAUGGAGGAAAUGCUAAUUCUGAUAGUGUUAUUGUGAAGCUUUUUAAUGAGCUUUAAAAUAAAGUUCAUCUUCAGUAUCUACUGACUUGCUGACUUUUGCUGCUUUCAGUA